AUGGGUAAAUCUAAGCAGCCCAAGGUAGCCGUCAAGAAGACGGAUAACGACCUCUAUAAGCCAGUGUUGCGACCCAAGAAUGAGGGAGAGAGUAUCAAGGUUGCCGAGGCCGUUAUCAAACGCAGGGACCGGAAUUUGAAGGCGUUGGCUGCCCGACAGCGCCGUGUGAAGGAGCAGAAGCUCGAGAAGAAGCGCCUAGGAAGAGCUGCUAAGAUG